AUGCGUGGGUGGUUGGCUUUCUUCUUGAUCGGCGCCGUUUUCGCCGCUUCUCCUCGAAGAUGCCGUCCUCGCUAUUUGGAAACCAAACAGGCGGUUCGUUCAUUCUUCUUUUUCCCAUUCUUUCCACGUUGAUUUGUUGAUUUCCAAUUCUUUUUACGUUGAUCUUAUCAGUUUGCAAGUGGCUCAAUUAGCUAACGAUGGAAAUUGUGGUGAUCAGAGAUUGCCAUCGAAACAAAGAAUGUCCAACAACCAAGAAAGCGAGUCAUAAAACUGAGCGAAAAUUUCGAUAAGCCGAGAAUUUAUUCUGGAACGCUUCAUUUUUGAAUUUUUGACCUUUUUAAUUUUUUUAUUUUUGAUCAGUGAUAUUUUGGAAAAACUUAAGUUUCGCGGUUUUUAAGUCAACAGAAGUUUGAAAAAAAAUUUCCACCUGGAUUCUGAUAUUCUGAAAGUUAAGAUUAUUUUUUUAAAGUUUUUUUGAGUCCGAGUCAUUAAAAAGAUUAAGAUGACUUUGCUAAAAAAAAAAAGUAUAUUGAAAUUUGAAAAAGGAAAAUCCAAUUAAAUUUUUUUUUCAUUUUUUAUUGUCACAUUCUACCUUCCUUUCAAGAAUUUGACCUUUAACAGAUAGCUUAAAGAAGCUUUUUAAAAAAAUAAAUUCCAAGAAAAUUUUUAGGAGAGAUCACCAGGUUAAGAUCUUUAGGUACCCCUGAAAACUAUUUGAAGUCAUAAACGUUAUUAGUUGCCAUAUUUCAACAAAACCAUCAUCGUUUUGUAUUUUUUUCCAGCUCAAAAAAACUCACAAAGUAAAGGGAAAACUUUUUUUGUCUCGUAAAAAUAUAUUUAAAAAACCAAAGAAAGAUAACUUGUGUUUUUUUGCAGCCUGAAGCGUUUGCUCGACAGCCACGGCGUUGCCCGACGACGACGUCGCAAAUCGGCGAAGAAUAUUGGUCGACGGUGGCUCCAGAUGGCGUCCUCCGCGGAGGCCGCACCGUCAACGACUUCCUCGUCAUUCCGCACGACAAAAACGACGGCCAACACUACAAUCAGUCUUACAUCGGAUUCUGGUGGGUAGCCUGACCGAGCGAACAGAAGAGAAUGAAAAAGUUGAAAGUAAGACAGAAACUUAUCUUCGCUGAGCACGUUCAAGUUUUUAGAAAGUAGGUUUUGAAAUCGAUGAACGCUCUAGCAAGGAGGAUGGAAAAAAUUUUAAAAGCUUUUUUCUGAGGUUUCUAAAUGUUGAUGGUUCGAAUAAAAAAGCUCAGAAACCAUUUUUUUUUUUAGGAUCACCCGCACUCGAUACGGUCCCAACGAGCACUACGAAGCUUUUGGCCACGUUUUCAUCAAGGAAGAAGCUGGCCAGCAGGCAUUUCUACCUGGAUUAUUCAAAAAGUAGCUGGCGAAUUCAGAAAAUCUGCGGCUGGUUCGUCGGUCUGAACAAGGAGGUCGUGCAGCUCUGCUCGGGAUUCAGAAUUUUGAGUCGCAGCAGCCGAAACCCCAAUGAGGAAAUUCCGUUAGUUACGAAGAGAGCUGAAAAUGGAACAUUCGAUGUUUUGAAGGUUCGAAUGGGCUCAAGGCGCAAAUCUGCGCGACAGAGAUACUGUCGGUUUCCACCACCAUCGCAUUGCCAAAUACGAGGGAGCUGGGGAUAACCACCAGGUAAAAGAUGAAGGAAAUGUCUAGUCUAGAAAUAAUCGAACAUUGGAAAAUUAUGCUGUGUUCAAAGUAUUUCCCACGAAAUGCAAAAUUUUCUCUGACCCUCUAAAAUGUAGUUUUUUUUUCACACUCUGAUGGCUAUUCCGGAUUUCGCGAAAACACUUCGAACACGGAAUUAGCCUGAAAAUAAUUCCUGGAUGGAUUAGUAGGUAAAGUGAUUAUUCAGAACCGUGAAUAACUUAAGUUUGAAGGUUAAUUCCUUGAAAAUUCUUCGGGAGUCGUCCAUUUAUUCAUUGUGAUGUAUGGAACAUUAGUAUUGAAUGCGAGCGGCAUCUCAUCUAAAUUUCGAAAGUCCUUAAACUCGAAAAACUUCACGUUUCGCUUUUUUCGAACUUUUUUUUUUCUGUUUUCCGCUUUUUAUACGUUUAGCUACUUGAAAAUGUACAAAAUCGAUCUUCAAUAUUCGAUUCAGAUCGUCUACGGCGACGCCCACGUUUCGAACAAGAGGUUCAAAGGCGUUUCUCCCGAUGUUCCACGUCUCACCACGGUAUCUCCUCAAGCCAUUUUCCGCGAGUAUUUUCGGAUUGCCAGGUCGACAACGCUCCCGAGUUCGAUUCCCGCGUCUGGCUCCUCAAAAGAAAGCCCCAAGUAGGUCAACGCGGCUACUACUAUCCCAAGCUUUGAGGGACGACAUUCAUUCCUGUAUUUCAUUCUGUCGUUGUUUCGAUUUUUGCUCUCGUGUUUUCAUGUCCCUUUUUCUACUAACAUCCCUUGCAUGCUGCUGAAAUCUUGUCUCUUGUCCAAUCAUUUGUCUAACUUUUGCUUAACGCAUGUGAAAACUUCGAAGUCGAAAAAGUUAUGUAAGUAAACCCACGAUUCCUGGAACCAGGUGAUUUCAAUAGUUUCUUUCAAAGAAAUGCUUAAAUUCCCGGUCAUUUUUUAUAGUUUAGGCCGGAAAAUUGAUAGAUUUCAAAUCAGACUAAUUUUUUAGAAAUGAAAUUGUUCCAGCUUGUACUUCUAUGUCGAAUGAGCUAACGGACUGCCAUUCUUUCUGAUCCAUCGAGCUUUUUCUAAACUUGAUUUUUUUAGCUGUUCACCUCGCUAGAUAUUAUAUAAGCCGAGUCUUGGCACCUUUAUCAGUAUAAGAUACUUGCUUGUCCCUCGAAUCUUUCAGCUUUUCAUUGUCCUCGUUCAGAACUUUCGUCUAAUAAUAAAGCGAUUUUCGAAAGAAUCGUUGUCCAGCUUGCUCUCGAAGAAAUGAAUGUGAUGGAUUAUUAACUAUUUUUUCAGUUCAUUAAAACCACCGUGCCCAAGGUAGUUCAACAGCCAUUGGUGAGUCUUUUUCGUGUUAUUCGAAGAUAAAUGCUCUUUCAGAGCCCCUUGAUGUUGUACGCCGAUCCGCAGACGAAACCUGAACCUAUCGAUUUCGGAGGAUAUCCUUACCAGUACCAGUAUAAUCAGCCACAAUACCAGCCGUCUUAUCAAUCCUACUACGCGGUACUUGGCUCAUUAGUGGACUAGACCACUUUUGGCCUCCCUAGAUCUAUUAUUUUGGAAAGUAGUAAUUUUUGCAGCGGGUUUCAGUGAAAUCUGCAUGAAUUGAGAGGUCGAAAGUGUUAUCAUUAAUCGGCCAAAGGAAGAAUCUACAUUUGUUUCCAGGACCGCAACCGCUACCCCAACCAGAACGUCCAGCAGUCUUCGGAAGUUUCCGGGGAGGCGAACGGCAGACCUCGCGACGGCUUCGACCCUUACGCCAACGUCGACCUCCGUCCCAACAGCGGUUAUUCCGUCGGCAACGACCUCCGUCGUGGUCAGGACGGAUUCGAAGAACAACGUCGUCAGCCCCAGCAAGCGCCUGCUCUGACCAAGAAAAAAGGCGGAGAAUCCGAAGGUUCCGGGGAUAAAAUCGUGGUGAAUGAAUUAUUUCAUGUUUUGCGCAAAGGAGGCUUUUUUGUGUGAAGAUUAAAAUUUUCUAUGAGUUCGUGAAGAAAAACUCUUCAAAGUUCUAAUUAAUGUUCUUCAUAUUCAUCUAUUUGUGCGAACUUCUAGUUUUUGAGAUAUAUUUGUAUUUAUCAUGUCAGUUACGCAAUUUUAAAUCCUUUCAUUUCAAGUUUCAGCCUUAAUUCUGAAAAAAUUUUAAAAUAACUGGAAAAUAUGUUUUUCGAAGGUUCGGUUAUUCUUUUUUUGAAUUCACAGGAAGUGAACCAAUCCAUUCAGAUAUUCAUUACAUGACAACACUCAACCAAUUUUUCAAGUUUUUUUAAGAAUAGAAGCCUUAGAGUCACAGCACGAAGGCAUGAGAGGGGACUUUGAAUCAUCUAUGCUUCGAAAGUAAAAAUAAAAAUAUUAAUUUUGAAAGAAGAAAAAUUUCGAUUGAAAACCCUGGAAAAUGAUCAAAAUUUGAAGAUCCCCUACAACAAUCGGAAUGGCUACGCUGUGGGCAGCGGCGUCGAGGCGCAGCGCGAAGACGACUCUUACCAGUACCAGGACCCCGUCCGACAGAAGAUGAUCCUCGACCGUCAACGCGAGGAAGAGCUCCAGAAGGAGCGUUAUCGCGAGGCGCUCCGCAAGCACUACGAGCAGCAGAGAAUCUGGCUCGAGAAGCAGCAGCAACCCGACCGCCUCGCUAGUGGACAGCGCUCUUCGCAGCCGGUCGUCGGAGGCGUAGGACAGCAGAAUCAGUACCAACCGUCCGGCCAACAAGUCUCCGUCCAGCAGUACCCCAUCCAAACCUAUCCGCUGCAGAAGGACGGUCGACAGGUCCUCGAAAGCCCGGGUGCAUCGUCUCCAGCCGAGCGGGACAGUCUCAGCCAGGACACCGGUCAGUUACGACCACAAGAGAGAGGAACUUUUCAAGAAAAAACCGUUUUCGCUUCACAGACCCCGUUUUUUUUUCUUUGUUCGGUUUCAGAAGGAAGGUACUAGCAACCUAAAAAAAAAUGGAAGUUGUACACAUCCUUGGUGAAACAUUGCACAUUACUGUCCAACUUCAGCCGCAUCGACGUUUGAUGUUCUCCGUCGCGGUCAGGGACAAGACGAAGCUUCGGCUCCGGCCGUCCAGCAGCCGCCCUCCGUCAACUACAACGUCGACCCGUCUCGUGGAACGUUUCAGAGCAUUUCCUGACCUUUUUCAAUUCCUAAUUCAGCGUCCACUUGGCUAAAGUCCGCCCGAAGACCCUCGUCCGCGACAAAAAGGGAAACCUCUACGAACAGAUCAUUGAGAAUGGGUAAAAUCUCAUUCUUUUUUUCUCGAUUUGGAUAGAAUUUUUGUGAUAGUGCCUUUUUAUUUGAAAAAGUUUAAAAAUUUUCGCGUUUUGAAAGCGGUUUUCAUCAUUCAAAUAGUAGGACUUGAAUGAACAGAAAAAAAAAUAUUUCCAUUUUUUUGCAAGAUUUUUUUUUAAUUAUUAGGGAAGCAAGACUUCUGAAAAACUCAUCCGUUUUUACUCUGAAAAAUGACUAAAUCAUAAGUUUCCUUCUAACUCGGUAAAUUGAAGCCAUUCAGUCUAGAAUGGCUUCAAUUACGUCUAGAAAAAAAGUUUUUUUGCACCGCCUAAUUUUUUUCUGACUUUUUUUAAUGUUUUUUUAUUUAUUAAAUAUUUUUUUCUAGGUCAGUUAAUUUUUCGAAUUUAAAAUGUUUAUAAAAAAAUUAAUUUUUCAUAAGAUUCUUGAUUGAAUGGUGGUCUCAUUUUUUUCAUUCAAAAGUUUUUUUAGAUUUCAGUGGGAAUAUUUCCCAUCCAUAUUUCUCAGUUCGAGGGUAUUCAGUUGAUAUCGAAAUAGGACUUUUGAUUUCAAAGCAAUGAAUAAUGUUUUGCAGUCGCACCUACUACUACGAGUACAUCGACCCGAGCUCCAACACGGUUCAACGGGGUCACGAUGUGAAGUUGGUCGAUUUUCAAGAUUUCUCUUCAUUUUCCAUCAAAUCCAGGAUCACGGGUAUCGAUCCCAACAUUGAGAGUGCGAUGGAGCGCGAAAGAGUCAACGAGGAGCAGCUCCGACGAAUUAUCGCUGCCCAGCGUAGAGCUGGUACUUUUUCGAGUUAUUAUUCAGAUUGGAUAUCCGAAACUGGAGAUGUGAAAAUUUUGCAUCUAUCGAAAGAAACAAGGCUGAAAAAAUUUUUUUGGGAAUUAAGGUUUAGAGACAUUCGCAUUAGUUUCUGCUGAUUCUGCGCCUUUUUUCGACCUGGAGGAAAAGAAAAGGAAAUUUAUUAUUUUCAGUUCAAAGUUCUCUAUUUAUAGUUCUUUAUUUUUAAGUUCUCACAUUUUUCAAAUCGAUUAUUUCUGAAAAAUGCAAAAGUUGGGAAUAAUCUGCUGGUCUUUCAAAGUCCUCUAUGAUCUCAAAUUGAAAAUCAGUUUCUUUUUUUAAUAAAGCCUAAAAAUUUUUCAUUACUAUGCUUCGAAACUCAAAAAGUUAUUGAGGCGCGAAUUUUUGUUUCUAGGCCCUAUGAAUAGAAGUAAGUUUAGAAGGUAAAAGGUAGAAUUAAAAAGUAAAAGUAAGCUUCAAAUAAAAACUGUUAACAUUUUAAUUAGCAAAAAGAGUUUCAUUCAUUCAAUAGUUACGGUAUGAUUUCAAAUACAAUACAAAAAGGAAUUUCGAAAAAGUUCGAAACAGUCAGUGCAUUUAGAAAUUAUUGCACAUCUUCAAUUACUAAUUUUCGAACCAAUUUCUGAAUUUUUUCGUUUUCAGGCAACGGUCAGGCGAGGCCCGGUCAGCGCGGCCGAGUUCGGUGAGAGAAUAUUUGUCUCAAACGAAUCUGAAUUCUUUUUUCCAGGCCGCCAAAUCCAUCCAUCGGGCCCUUCGGGUCAACCCGACGACAUGGUUGUUUACGUAUUCGAUAAGAAGGAAAAGAAUGCCAAACGGCGAAUUAUAGGAAGAAAACGCGUCCGAACCCAGAGAUCUUCCACCGUAACUUUAACCUUUUCCCUGUCUUUUCUUUCCCACGGUUUUCCUCUUCAUCGACAAAGUCGGAAAGAUCUUGCAUAGUUUUAAAGGAGCGAAAAAUUUUUUUUUCGAUGAUGUUUCAGUUUCUCAAAAUUUAAAGGCACAUAAUCACGAAAAACUUUACAGGGGAGCUUUUUUGUGGGUGACGUUUGGAUUUUCCUAUUAAUCGAUCCUGAAACUAAUAUUUCUGAAAAAAAAAAUGAUAUUUUACGCAGGUAGUAACAUCAAAAAGAUCUUUCAGCCUUUGUCUAUGUUGCUUCAUUACAGAGCUUCAAAAAAACCUUGUAUUAUUUGUAAAUUUCUUUUCAUGCUUUAUGGCUUUUUUGCGUUUCUGUUCUGUUUCUUAAGUUUCAAAUUGCCGGAAUGAGCGGCUUAUUUGUUUUAUGGAAAACUUUUGGGAUAAGGAUAUUUAUUCAAAUUUUGACAAAGAAAUGCAAAAGAUAUUGGAAAGAUUUUCGGAAUAUGAUUUUUUUGGCUUUUUGCCUUUGAACUGUUUCUAGACUUCAAAUCUUUUAAUACCAUGCUUGCUUCAUGAUGCGAUGCUGUUAAAAAUUAACGGUUUUACGCAAAUUCCCAUUCGGCCAGCAGAUCUCCCCCCAAUGCUUUCAUUUCCUCUGAAGAUCCACAAAAAGGUUGAAAAUUGCAGGAAACUCCCGCCACCACGACCGGAACCGACUGA